AUGCUGGGGCCAGUCCGUUUCACUUGUGCGUUGGGUGCUGUUGCCGUGGUCGGUUGCCUCUUCCUUACAGUUCCAAUGGCCAAAGUGCCUGGGAUAUCGUUGCCACCACUGGAGUCCUUUCGUGGAGAACGACGACUGAUGGGCUCGCGCUUUCCUUUGGGGCAGGCUGUUGACCUCUCACAGGGCCACCUCAGAAUGGGUGGCAAAGCCAUUGGUCGACUGCCUGGCAAGGUGAUAGGUGUGGGUGGCUACAUGCACGCAGCCCUUGCGAAAGAUUUAGGCUUUGAGGCAUUUCGCACAUGGGGCGGGGGCUCGACACCCUGGGCCUUGCAAGCAGCAGCGACCGCGGAUGCCUUGGUAGUUGCUGGUCUUGACAUGAAGCGAGAUCCGCAGUACUAUGUCGGACCGGAGAACUGCAAAAACAUGGAUCAGAGCAAGUGGUGGCGCAGUGAGGCUGACCAGAUUCUGAAGGUCGUGCGACAAAACAAGGAUAACCCAAGGAUCCUGUGGUGGAUAGUAGGGAACGAGCUGGAGAGUCCACAUCCACUAGAUCAACAAGAUUGUGUAUGGCGUAGAGUCAACUGGAUGGCGAACAAGCUGAAGGAAAUCGAUAAGAAGCACCCUGUUGGCAUAGCCAUUGCCGGCUGCGACCCGUUGAAGCUGUCGAGAUUUGCAGCAAUUUGCAAAGAUGUCGACAUCUUGGGCAUGAAUUUGUAUGGCAAUGACCACUGGGGCAUCAGCAAAACCUUGCAGCGAGCUGGAUGGUGGAAAGCCUGGGCUUUGACCGAAUGUGGAACUGCAGCACCGUGGCAGGUGCCAGAAACCUCGUGGCAUGGAUUGAUGGAACCAAUGACUUCCACCCGCAAGGGGCAGUUCAUCUUCAAUGGCCUUCACAGAUGCAAGCUGGAUGACCGCUGCGUUGGUUUUUUCGCUUUCCUUUGGGGCUGGAAGUGGGAGAAGACCGGUACUUGGUUCGGUUUGCUGGACACCUGGACUGAAGCUGGUGGCAUUCCGAGUGGAUACCUGAACGAUGUUUCGCAGCCCAUGCUGGAUGAGAUCAGUCCAGAUUGGGCGUGGCCCAUGAAGUUGAGGAUUCACCUGGAGAAUGUCAUCAUUUGGAGCCCCAAUGGAACGUCUGGAAAUCCGGUCCUGGGCUUCAAUGCGCAUCAGGGUGCGCAGGUGCCGGUGGAUCUGAAGAUUGUGGCGACGCCUGAUGAAGCUGAAGGGAACAUUUGGAUGAACUGGUAUGUUGCUCCAGAGACGACUGUGAACCGCAAAUCCGAUGGCAAUGUGCCCGAGAAGCCGAUGCACAUCAUUCCCAAUGCCGUUUUUUACUGCAAGAACGGCUACCGUGGUAUUGUCCAAACUCAGCUCCUAAAGCCCGGCAGCUACCGGCUCUAUGCCUUCGCAAGGAGGACCCGUUAUGGGGACCAUACUGUCCGUGAAGCUUCAGCUUCGAUCCCGUUCCACGUGGGAAAUCAGAGCUGCCACAGCGUUUUGCAUGGCCAGCACGGGUGCUAUACGAAGGUGACAGAGGCCAUGACAAAAGCACAGCGAAUGGGGGUUUGCCAAUGGCCGGCAGCAGGACUGCUACCAUCCUCCACCUUCGAGGAGUUUCAAGCAGCCUUCUUUGCCAACCAUCAGGGUUGCCCUGCGCCCUGCUCCCUUGUCAUGCCCUCCGACUACCACGGCACCUGUGAUGGUGCCACCUGGGAUGUGCGCUACAUGAGCCACUCCCAAGCUUCCCAACUGCUCUUCGCCAAGGACGUGGAAGCUGACAAAGGUGACUGUCAAGAUGCGGCCCAUGGGACCGACUGCUUCUGGGGAGUGAAGUGGUUGAUGAAAAAGGGAAUCCAUCAAUCCCCGCAGGUGUGGCCCGAGCUGAGUCAGUGGCCCACCUUUGCUGAAGCUCAGCAGGCCUUGUAUGUCAGGGAUCAGCAUGCCUGCAAACGGCCUUGUGCAUCUGUCACGGAUUCGAUCAUGCGAAUGGCCAAGAAGAUAUAG